AUGGUUGAGCGAUUCCACCGACAGCUGAAAGCCGCACUCAUGGCAAGCGAAGAACACUCCUGGGUCAAAGCACUGCCCAUUGUACUCUGGAGCAUACGCACUGCGUUCAAGGCGGACGUCAGCUGCAGCGCUGCAGAACUUGUCUACGGCAAAACCCUGCGUCUGCCUGGCGAGUUCUUUGUGCCUGACCAACAACAAACCCACAUUCCUGCUGGCGACUACGCAUCUCGCCUACGUCACAUCAUGACAGAACUUCGACCGACACCUCCACGACAGCCCACAGAAAGAAGCAUAUAUGUGAGCAGCGAACUUGAGUCGUGUAGCCACAUCUUUCUGCGCAACGAUGUAGUACGAAGAUCACUACAAGCACCGUACGACGGACCCUUCAGAGUUCUCCACCACGGGAGAAAAACGAUUACCAUCGAAAGGCAUGGCCGCCAGGAAGUGGUGUCAUUGGACAGAGUUAAGCCGGCACACAUGGAGACCAACCAGUCCACGACAGCAACCUCCGGCCUUCCACCUGAAACCUGCCGAACAGCGCCACAUCCCACACCAGAGACAGACACCCAAGUGACUGAAAAAUAUCACACACGCAGUGGAAGACGGACAGGUGCGCCAAAUUGCCUCAACCUGUAG